GGCCAAUGGGACAAAGUCCUCAGCUCUGCUGGGACAGGACACUGCUGGCGCAGGACGCAGGGACACAAACAGCCCCUCCGACAUCACUUUGCCCUCCUCUGUCUCCAGACAUUAUUCUGGGACGUGCAGUAUCAUUCUGCCCUGCAGGAAUCAGGUACCACGUGUCACCCUGUGGCCAUGGCAGCCCAGUGCGGGGGGAGCAAGAAGCCCUUCCACAUCGUGUCCCCGCUCCUGGAGAGCUCGGCCCUGUCCCGGGCAGCAGGGACACAGGUGUACAUGAAGCUGGAGAACGUGCAGCCCACCGGCUCCUUCAAGAUCCGGGGCAUCGGGCACCUCUGCCAGGAGGCUGCCAGGAAAGGCUGCCAGCACUUUGUUUGUUCCUCAGGAGGGAAUGCAGGCAUGGCCACAGCAUAUGCAGCCAGGAAGCUGGGGCUGCCGGCCACUGUGGUGGUGCCCAGCAGCACCAGCCCCAGCACCGUGAGCAGGCUGAAGGAGCUGGGGGCAACAGUGGAGGUCUAUGGAAAGGUGUGGGAUGAAGCCAACCAGAGAGCCCUAGAGUUGGUGCAGAAUGAGGACUGGGCCAGCAUCCACCCCUUUGACGACCCCUUGUUGUGGCAGGGCCAUGCUAGCCUGGUCCUGGAGCUGAAGGACACACUGGACACAAAGCCUGACGCUAUUGUACUGGCAGUGGGAGGUGGAGGGCUGCUGGCUGGUGUGGUGGCCGGGCUGCAGCAGGUGGGAUGGCUUGAUGUCCCCAUCAUUGCUGCUGAGACCUGGGGGGCCCACAGCUUCCACGCAGCGCUGAAGGCUGGGCACCUCAUCACCCUGCCCGACAUCACCAGUGUGGCCAAAUGCCUUGGGGCCAAGACGGUGUCAGCACGGGCGCUGCAGUGUGCCCAGGAGAUCCAGGUCAUUUCAGAGGUGGUGGAGGAUGCCGAGGCUGUGCAUGCUGUGGAAAGGUUCCUGGAUGAUGAGCGGAUGCUGGUGCAGCCAGCGUGUGGUGCAGCGCUGGCCCUAUUCUACUCGAAACGGCUGCAGCAGCUGCAGCGUGAGGGGCGCCUGCGGACCCCACUGGGCCGCGUGGUGGUGGUGGUCUGCGGUGGCAGCAGCAUGACAGCUGCACUUCUGCGGGACCUGAAGAACCAGCUCGGCCUGGAGUGACCCUCAUGCCACCCCAUGGCCUCCUGUGCUGCAGUGAUGGCUGCUGGACGAGCCUUGCGCCUGUGGCUCUGCAGGAUGGGGAAACUGAGGCAUGGCAGCAUUCCUCCCUCCAAUCCCAACAAAUGGCCCUGGAAAUGGCCACAUCCCUUGAUCCGCUGUGUCUGGCACUGACCACGACUCCCCACUCCAAUUAUCAAAUGCUCCCUCUCUGACUGAUUACUUUACUGCCGUCUUGGUGCUUUAUUAUUCUAACCAUUAUUAACUAUUACAAUCUUCUCCCUUUUCUCAUGCAUUGUCUGCAGCCAGGUGGUUCCUUGGUGGGGCUGUGUGUUGCUCUUGCUGGGGCUCCCAGCUCGGUCUGGGGCCCCGUUUACCACCAUUUCUCCAACUAACACCAGUUGAUCUAUUUCACUCCAGUGUCCAUUUCACCCUUUCCUGCCACAAAACCCCCUCUCAGCCUCCUCCUGCCCAUUCCAAGCAGCUAACAAGGCUCCCCUUGCCCAGCCACCUCCCAGGAGCCCCCUCCUCCCCACCUUCUUUUUUCCCUUUUCUCCAGUAAAUCCCCAUGGCCUGGUAAGCCAGCGCCAUGCUUCCCAGAAGACCCACCCCAUAUAUAUCAAAUCCCCACUGCUCCACUGUGGGCAAUAUCUUAUGUAAAAGCUUGUUUCUAGGGAGUGCCAGAGGCUGGAGAGUCUUAUUAUAAGGCACACAAUUAACUACAAGGAGUCAGACAAACCUCCUCCCAUAGUUUUUUUAUCCUGUGUCCAGAACCAGAUUACUUUCCAGCUUCUGCACCCUGACCUCCUCACACGGAGCCGCCACUUUACCCCAAUGCUCCCCUCCUGCAGCCUGGGAUGGGUGCUGCAGAUUGGUGCACCCCGCAAUUAGCAGAACAGUGAUAACACAGUCAUCAUAACAAUAGCAGCCAGUAUGUGCCCUUGUGCCCCAUUUUGCAGCCCUCAUAAUAACAGUGGCUCAUACUAACAGGGGGUCUCGCUGGCCCACACACCACCCAUAUGCACCCUAUUGCCCUGGGGUCCCAAUGGGGCUGUACCAUGCCUCAGUUUCCACUGUGCUGAGUGUUUCAGAUGCCCCUGGCUUGCCUGCAGCCCCUUAUUACCACUCAUCAUGGCACAGGAAAGAUAAAUUCCUUCGCUUGGCUGAACAGGGAAAAUACACAGCAAGGUGGCUGCCUGUCAUCCAUCACCAGCUCUCAGCAGCACCGCCACGCCAGGACUUAAAAUUCAGGUCAGAGAGAGGGGCUCUCGGAAGCCAGCAAGGGAAGUAAUUUAUUCUGUUUAUAUCUUUUUACUACAAGACAAGGUGUGUGUGUGUAUUAGGGGGGAGGGGGUGGGGAGUGUAAACUCUUGCCUUGAUUUUGUAUUUCAAAUAUUAGCUCAGUGCCGCUCAUUGCUCAAACCCCACAAUGAAAGGGACCAGGUGCCAGAGCAGGUAACUAAAAUGGUUUUUAUUCACAUUUAACAACACAAGCUGGUCACACUGACAGCCUCUGCAAUAGGCAAUGGGACAGGAAACCCACGGUGCACUCAGAACACAACUUUUUAUCUUCCUUUUCCAUCCUCUUUUUCCCUUUCCCCCCCACUCCACUCUAUCCUCUCUCCUUCCACUCACCACCACCCUUUCCCAGCCUCCAAAAUAGAAAAAAACUCAACUUCCAAUGACUAAAAGUACAAUAAAUAAUCAGUAAACACAAAAACAUA